UCAGUUGUCACUUGUCACCACGUGCAGCAUCAAACCCUAAACCCUGCGUAUUCUAUCUUCACAAAAGUGCCCGGGCCACAACCACAGGCACUGAGUUGGUUUCCGAGUGAGUUAACUCGCUCAAAAUGGCCGACUCAGCUACCGAACUUGCUGAGCAACCACCAUUAUGUAAGACCAACGGAACUAAUAAUCCAACGCCUGAACAGCUUGUAGCGAAAGCAAUAGCUCCAGUUAAAGCAGAAUUCCUCCGUCCUCCUCCACCUUCUAGGACCAAUCAAAACGACACUGUCAUUCCCAACUCCGACGCCAAAGCAGCAUCUCAGUCAAUCGUGUCCAAGGAGAAGAAAUCUAAAAGACAACUCAAACGCGAACGCCGCGAGGAAAAGAAAUCUGCACUGAAUCUAUGUCCUGAAUUAGCGAAAACUGAAGAUGUCAAUUCUUGUCGUUACGGCGAUAAAUGUCGUUUUAGCCAUGACCUAGAAGCAUUCAAGGCUCAGAAACCUGAUGAUAUAGAAGGAAAAUGUCCGUUUAUAAACGGCGAAGGGAAGGCGUGUCCUUAUGGAUUGGCAUGUAGAUUUUAUAGUACGCAUGAAAAUGGUGUUAAAGGUGAUGCUUCAAAUACACGAAAGCAGAGUUCAGAGGUUAAUGGAUUGAAUAAGGACGUUCAGAAGCUUUUGUGGAAAAAUAGAUUCAAGUUUCCCAAAGCUGAUGCGAUACUUAAGUCUCUUGGCCUUAUGGGACCUAGCAAUUCAAGAGUCAAAAGGCAGAAUGAUGAUGAAGUUGAUAAUGCUUCUGUCAAUGAUUCUCAUGCUGCAAGUGAGAAUGGUUGUGGAAAACUAGCCACUGACGCAGCUGAUAAACUGGAAUGCCCUUCAGAAGUGCUAACUGAGGAUAAUGCAGAUGCAGUAACUGAUGAAAUAAGGCCCCUGAAAAAAGCAAAGUCAGAUGUUGACGAAAAAUGUUGCUCUGGCGAAGAAGCUAAUGGAGCAAGUGUCCCGGAGAAAGAUUCUGAGGAUAGUUUCAAAGAAACUGAAUCAGAUGCUGUGAACAACGGUGCACUAACAGAACCAGAUGGAAGCUUGAAAACACAUCCACGUGAAAAGAAGCUUAUUGACUUCAAAGGAAAACUGUACCUUGCACCUUUGACUACCGUUGGAAAUCUUCCUUUCCGAAGGCUUUGCAAAUUAUUAGGAGCUGAUAUAACUUGUGGUGAAAUGGCAAUGUGCACAAAUCUUUUGCAGGGUCAAGCUUCAGAAUGGGCAUUGCUGAGACGUCAUUCAUCUGAGGAUUUGUUUGGCGUGCAAAUAUGUGGGGCAUAUUCUGAUACUGUGGCGCGUACGGUUGAGCUUAUAGAUCAGGAAUGCACAGUGGAUUUCAUCGACAUAAAUAUGGGUUGCCCAAUUGAUAUUGUUGUUAGCAAGGGUGCUGGAUCGUGUCUUCUUACGAAACCAAUGCGGAUGAAAAGUAUUAUACAUGCUGCCUCUAGUACAGUGGAUACUCCUAUAACUGUCAAGGUGCGAACAGGGUACUUUGAAGGGAAAAAUCGUAUUGAUUCGUUAAUUGCUGAUAUUAGUAACUGGGGGACCAAUGCUGUAACAAUACAUGGUAGAUCACGACAGCAACGCUAUAGCAAGCUUGCUGAUUGGGAAUAUAUAUACCACUGUGCUAAAAAAGCCCCAGAAUCUUUUCAAGUAUUGGGAAAUGGGGAUAUCUUUUCAUAUACAGACUGGAACAAACACAAGUCUGACUGCCCUGAGCUCUCUUCAUGCAUGAUAGCUAGAGGAGCUUUAAUUAAGCCUUGGCUAUUUACCGAAAUCAAGGAACAGAGGCAUUGGGACAUCAGGUCUGGAGAGCGAUUGGAUAUUUUAAAGGAUUAUGUACAUUUUGGCCUUGAGCAUUGGGGUUCUGAUACAAAAGGGAUAGAGACAACCAGGCAUUUCUUGUUGGAAUGGCUUAGCUACACAUGCAGGUAUAUACCUGUUGGUCUCCUGGAUGUCAUUCCACAAAGGAUUAAUUGGCGUCCACCAUCCUACUAUGGUCGUGAUGACCUUGAAACACUUAUGGCUUCUGAUUCUGCUGCUGAUUGGAUUCGGAUCUCCGAAAUGUUGCUUGGCAAAGUUCCAGAAGGGUUUACAUUUGCACCAAAACAUAAGUCCAAUGCUUAUGACCGAGCAGAGAAUGGCUAACUGGUGUUACUUGCGGAUUGUCAUGGAGGAACUCAAUGAUUUUUGUCACACGAAUCUGCUCCCCAGCCCCUGUCAUGCAUUUGGUUCCAGAACUUUAUGGAAGUAGGGAUGUCAAAUCGAGGCGAUUCCGCGAUGUCAGUUUUUGCUCAGGAAGGACACAUUGUUCUUUUGGUGGUUAUGUUAUUAUUUAAGAGGAACCAAUAACCAGUUUGGUUAUCUUACGGAUAGAUUUGGUAGUUGCUCCUUUAUCAUGCCAAAACAUUGUAAUUUUUUUACAAACUACCAAAUGCUGAACUACGAUUUUUAGAACUUAUCUGAGAGUUAAUUGGUGCA